UCGACUGGUGUGAAGGAUUCUCCUCUACCACUACAAUGUCACAGAAGCAAAUGCCUCCUGACACCCAUAGAUCACUCUUCUAAGACUCCGACUGAUCUGGGAGUCGCUAGACAGUACAAAUCAACUCUUCCAUCAAUGACUCAUCGGCCGCAUCAAGCGGUAAUUGCCCCUUUGUUUCUCACAAACGCCUCUCCGGUGAUGGCCACGCCGCUCGUUCCGCGGUAGGGGAGAGGGCGCGUGACUCACCCCGCCCCGUUCUUGGUAUCGCGUGGUCGCCAUCCCAGAGCGGAUACGGGCCAUUAACCGACGGAAAGGAUACCCAUUUGGGGUCCUAGUAUUCAACUAGUUGCUGAGUUUGUUUCGUCUCUCGGAGCUCCUGUCCCACUGGUCACACCGAGUCAGGAUGAGUAAUCCAAGCAGUUGGCCCGGGUCAUCAGGUGUAGGCCUACGUGAAUGCUCACCCACUUUUUAUUCCAAAGUGCGCAUUGUUUCGCGAGAGUUGAAACGGAGUGUUUAAAGACCGCCCCAUUUCCGUGCAGCUCGCACUGAAUGUCACACUCUGGAACCGGCGUCAACUACCGCCUCUAAGUUAAGAUACCUCUGCGUGGACCACACCCUGCCUGUCCACAAACUUCGGAUCGCAUGUGUCUCUCCGCUCUGCCAACGGUCCGCUUCGAAGUGUACCGUGCAGACUAAAGUGUGGCGUCCACGCAGACAUUGACUGUUUGUCUUCUAAACUUAGUUCCUCUGAGAAGGAUGGAAACAAUGGGCGAGCUGCGGAUUGUGUUACUGACUGUGGCUCUGCUGAGGUUGCUGUCUUACCGGAACGGAUCUGCAGAGUCAACCCCACCAGCUGGCUUCCAUCAGCCCGGCGGUUGCCGUGUCCCAUCCAGUCCAGGUGAUCCCAACCGGCCCCGAUGUUGUGAUGGAUGGGAGCUAAUGCAUAGUAGAUGCGUGCCAGUAUGUCCACAUGGCUACUCAAGAAACCGUUUAACAGGGUGCUGGAAGCUGGUCUCGUCAGAUUCGUCUUGGACGGAAUCACGCAAGACGUGCCAGAGAGAUAACCGAUCGGAUCUCGCAAUCGUCGAUUCCAUUGAGGAAUUUGAUCUUUUAAUUUCAUUGGGUCGCAAUUGGCAGAUCAGCAUGCUGUGGAUAGGAUUGAGGGAGGCUCCUUUUGUCAAGUCCAUGGUAUGGGUCGAUGGAUCACAGUUCACCUCCACAGAUGUUUUGGCUUCAUUCAUGCCACAAACUCUCUCCAGCGGUAUCUCCUCAUCUUCAUCGACCCUGUUUAAGCAGGCCUGUGUUGCCGUUAACUUGACUAAUGGAACCCUAGAGUUAAGGGACUGUUCCGAGCCCUUGGAUUCUCUGUGUAAAACUCGCUCCCAGUGUCCACGAGGUUUUGUUCUUGACUUCAGUGGCAACUGCUACCGAUAUGUGACCCAGCGGCCGGUACCGUGGAGCAUGGCCCGUGCUGAAUGUCGGAGAGCACCGGGUGGAGACCUAGCUGUGACCAACGAGGAACCAAGGAAAGAAAGUCAGUUACUCCUGGAGAGGGUUCAACCUAGAGUAACAGAUCUUUGGAUAGGAUUAUACCACGAGACGCCCUCUGGCGUCUGGAAAUGGGUAGACGGUUCAACACUGACGAACGAUGUAUGGAGGCCUGGAGAACCGACCAACCUUAGCGGCCGUAAAAAAUGUGCAGAGAUCGACUCUGGUGCACGCUGGAGCAACAAGGAUUGCAAUCGAAACUUUUCUUACGUUUGCGAAAUACAGGAAAACAGCGAAUGUUUUACGAGGACUGACGGUAGAGACUACAAAGGUCAUGUAAACAUCACUGCUGCCGGUGGCAAAUGCUCCGAUUGGAAUCGAGAUUCCAUGAGCGCCCUCAACCUCGACCCCAUCUCGGACACUGAAUGGCUAGCUCUGGAAGGCCAUAAUUACUGCCGUAAUCCAGGCGGUCUAAGAGACUCAACCUGGUGCAUAGAAAACCAAAGUGAGGGGUCAGUGACCUGGAAACCUUGUUAUAUAGGCGAGCCACAAGUCUCGUGCAUUAAAGGGAACCAGCCAACACCUCGCAGUUUUGCUACGCCCUGCACAGACCGGCGCCCUUGCGACCGUGGUCACACAUGCCAUCCGGUUAUACGGGAGUGUAUCUGCCCAAGUGGCUACCAAGGAGAUUUCUGCCGUGAGAGAUGCAAUCCUGGUAAGUUCGGCUAUAACUGUGACGCCAAUUGUCCACCGUGCCCAGGAGAAGAACCUUGCCACUAUGUGACAGGCGAGUGUACACUCAAGGAAGAAGGUGAUAUCACCAAUCCACCAGGCGGCAAACCCACAGUACCAUGCGGAGGGAUAUGUAGUGUAGCCGUGAGAGUCGGCUGUAUCUGCGACAGCACUGAUGGCUCUUGUCCCUGUCCUGCGUACGUGGUUGCUGUACUCGCCCUCUUCAUAGCUAUCUGGGUCGUGCUGGGGUUUGCUUGUCUGGCCUGUGGCAUCAUUCGAAGACGCAGAAACCUCACAAGGGUUGAGUACAAGCGCGAUUCUGACUACUGCGAAGAAAUUGGUACCGAUUCCGACACUGAUGACGGAUUGGAAAACCAACAGAUUUCUGCUCAACCUGGGAAAGAAGUUGUUUCGGAGACAUCGGUGGGGGCAACUUUGGGUGUUAUGGACAACUUCGAGUCAAGUACUGCGGUGCUUCUCCACGACUCACCUCAAAGUAGACCGUCUGUACUGCCCACGGCGCCCCCUCUCACAGUGGAUUCCCAAGUCGGGGAAUCACCACCACCCUCACCAUUCUAUCUUAACGUGACGCGCUACCGCGACGACACCGAAUACUCUGACCCUUAUGAACUCCUUGGUCGAGAGCCGCUCUGGAGGCGUUCUGCCCCUGGGCCGGACGAAGUCUGGGAACCGUUCCUGUUCCGCCCAGUCACCAACCUGGAGGAGCUCAACAGUGCCCCAAAUGGCUAUGUGAAUGACUCCAUCAUCAAACUGAAAGAAAAAAGGCGCAGCAAUCGAGGCAACCACAUGCCCUAUCGACUCCGAUUCUCCUUCCGAAGUAAAGAACUUGAGAACAAGGCAGCAGCCUCAGUUGCGGGCGAAACUCAUCACAAGCGCACCUUCAAACAGAAACCUCCGCUAAAACCUAAACCAGACAACAUCAAGCUGCGACCUCUAAUCCCCAGCAAAAACAAGGCAUGCAACAGACCAAGUUGCUCAGGUUCUGGGACACUCUCACGUAGGUCUGAUCCUCAGAGCAGUACGACACGCCGUGACGAGUUGGAGCUACAAAUCCUCGGCCAACAUUCACCAACAAACUUGGCGCGUCAUUCAACGGAUACUAGGCGCCACAAGUUCCAGAGAGGGACCUCAGUUCCAAAUUCGGGAACCUGUUGCCAAGGGGAUUCGGAUCCGACAACUCUGAUGCCAUGGCCAUGGAAGGAAGGUGAAGAAAGGUCAGAAGGUCAUGUGUACGUAAACGAAAAAAUUGGACGACCUCGCGUUGCCAAAGCAAGGAGCGUGGACGAAUUUGGCUCAUAACUGACAUAUUGGAAUUAUUCCAAUGUUUUACACAAAUGUUUGAGUUCCUGGAAGAAUUACAGUGCUGAAAACAACUUCAUCAGUCCGUGAGGCUCUUACCGUUUCCAAAUUAAUAAACAUUGAAAUAAAAGAUAGAGAAAUCAUCCUGGGAACUUUUUGCGGGCUUUUACAAUUGUCUCUUUCUUUUGUAAUGAACAUCUUUUGGGGUACUCGGUAGAAAGCAUGACGAAUAGCUUAUUUGCCUCUCGCAACAGUCUUGCCUAUUUGCUUCAGUGAAGAUUAAUUUCAUUGAUUAUCCUUUACGUUCGUCUCCUCUUGCUGUAUAUGAUUUCAACAUGUGACUAUUGCAGCCGAUUUUGUCUUAAAAAGAAGAUGCGAAGCGACUGAUUUGCAGUGGUAAACAUUUCUAGUGUUUCUAUGUGGUAGAGAAUUGAAAGUUGUUUAAUUACACCUUCUACGAGGCGGGGUGGAAGGAAAGGGGCCCAUCCAGCGGCGUGUCCAGCGGUCGAGGUCUCAAGACAAUUGGCACAUUGUAUUUAUUUAUUAUUGGGGGGGUUAACAUGGAUGUGCCACUGGAGACGCGUCGCUAUGAUUAUGUUUUGCAGUUGGACGCAAGUGGCUUUGUUCUUGUAUAGAUAUAAAUCAAAUUCACCCCGUCAUAUAACCGAUCAAAGUGACGAUGGUUCCGCUGAGUUUGGGACAUGUUCACGUACAUAUCCACAUGUAUACGUGUCUAAAAAAGAAAGUAACUUUUGAUGGUCUGAUCAUUUGCUCUGUAAGAGAUUGCUUUGAAUAUAUGUAUAUAUUGAAAAACUAUUUAUGUAAAGACCGAUAGUGUAAGAAAUUGAUGCAGUUGUAUUUAUUUCCAACUAAAAAUAAUCAUGUAAAUAAUAAAAAGAAUCAAAUGUCAAAUAAACUGAAAGAAAAAAUG